AUGGAGGACCCCACCGUACUCUACGCAUGUCUCGCGAUAGCUGUAGCUACUUAUGUUGUCAAGUGGUAUAGAGAUCCGCUUCGAUCCAUUCCUACGGUUGGGGGCUCUGACCUUCCCAUCCUCUCAUACAUCGGGGCGCUCAGGUGGACCCGCCGCGGAAGAGAGAUACUGCAAGAAGGUUAUGAUGGGUAUCGCGGAUCCACGUUCAAGAUCGCGAUGCUCGACCGGUGGAUCGUCAUCGCCAACGGCCCAAAGCUCGUCGACGAGGUGAGGAGGCGUCCGGACGAAGAGCUAAACUUCAUGGACGGACUGGGAGCGUUCGUACAGACCAAGUAUACCCUUGGGGAAGCAAUCCACAACGACCCGUACCAUGUGGACAUUAUCCGUGAGAAGCUGACGCGAGGCCUCCCGGCAGUCCUCCCGGAUGUCAUCGAGGAACUCACGCUAGCCGUUCGCCAGUACAUCCCGACGGACGGCGAUGAAUGGGUCAGCGUGAACUGCUCCAAGGCAGCGCGAGACAUCGUCGCUAGGGCAAGCAACCGCGUUUUCGUCGGGUUGCCCGCUUGCCGCAACCAGGGCUAUCUCGACCUCGCCAUUGACUUCACCCUGAGCGUUGUCAAAGACAGGGCGAUCAUCAAUAUGUUCCCGGAAUUGCUGAAGCCUAUCAUCGGACGCGUGGUUGGAAAUGCCACCAGGAACGUGCGCCGCGCGGUCCCAUACGUAGCGCCGUUGGUGGAGGAACGUCGCCGCCUCAUGGAGGAGUACGGUGAGGAUUGGUCGGAGAAACCGAACGACAUGCUCCAGUGGAUUAUGGACGAGGCAGCCUCGCGGGACCCCUCCGUCAAAGCGAUCGCCGAGCGCCUUCUCAUGGUUAACUUUGCCGCGAUCCACACGUCGUCGAACACUAUCACUCAUGCUCUCUACCACCUCGCCGAGAUGCCGGAGACCCUACAGCCGCUGCGGGAAGAGAUCGAGCCGCUCGUCAAGGAAGAAGGCUGGACGAAGGCCGCCAUGGGCAAGAUGUGGCGGCUCGACAGCUUCCUGCGCGAGUCGCAGCGCUACAACGGCAUCAACAUCGUCUCCCUGACGCGCAUGGCCGACAAGGACAUAACGCUCAGCGACGGCACGUUCCUCCCGAAAGGAACGCUCGUCGCGGUCCCGGCGUACUCCACGCACCGCGACGACGCGGUGUACGCGGACGCGCUGGUCUUCGACCCGUUCCGCUUCUCCCGCAUGCGCGCGCGCGAGGGCGAGGGCACGAAGCACCAGUUCGUCAACACCUCUGUGGAGUACGUGCCCUUCGGCCACGGGAAGCACGCCUGCCCCGGGCGGUUCUUCGCGGCCAACGAGCUGAAGGCGAUGCUCGCGUACAUCGUGCUCAACUACGACGUGAAGCUGCCCGGCGAUGGCAAGCGCCCCCUAAACAUGUACUGGGGCCCGACGGUCUUGCCUGCUCCGGCUGGGCAGGUGCUCUUCCGCAAGAGGCAGGUGUCGCUGUAG